AUGGAGGAGAACCCAGUAGAAUCUGAUGAUGACGUCCAGAAGGCGCACGGGACCACACUUCUGUGGGAAAAGAGAAUUCAACACAGCAUUGUGGUGGACCUCAGCGAGGAUGAAAGCCUUCACCUCAGUGACCUACAGGCUUCUUCUUUAGCUUUUCAUCUCACGCAGGAGAAGUGUGCAAGGUCAGAGGCCAGUGUCCAUAUCAAUGAUGAGGAGACUAUGCACCAGGAGUAUGAAGACCCGGGGCAGAAUACCAGCGAUGAGGAUCAGGAGGACCUCCCAUAUGACGGAGAGCUGGGCAGUCCUUACUUCACCCGUAUGGUAAACGUGAUAUCUGAUGAAGGAAAAACUGUGCUUCAGUCGCCUGAAAAUGUGGAGAAACAAGCAACUUUACCGCAAGAGGUUGCUAUUGAAGGAGCACCAACACAGCCCCGCCCUGCAGUUGACCUUAACCAGCUGUUGCUGCGCCAUUUGGUCCGGGAGGAUUUGCUGCCGAUCGAAGCGGAGACUCUACCAGAGGUGUCCCUGCUGGAGAGUCUAGAUGACCUUCUCUGCAGCGCCUCAACAUGCGUCAACACUGCGGCGCUGAGCAGUAUCUCUGAGAGAGAGAAGCUUUUAGAGGAGACAUAUCCUGACAUCCCCAGUACUCAGUGCAAAGUGUGUGAUGUUCUCACCAGGGAUGUCUCUCAUUUGCGCAGAAGGUCCUUCGGCGACAUCAAGUACGGCCAGGGUCAAGUCCAUUACCCGCUCCCUGACUUCUCCAAAGUAGCUCCUAAGGUGAAAAUACCAAAGGCUUCCACUUGUGUUCCUCAAGUCCCCAGUCCUAUGAUCAGGGCCCAGUCCUCCCCGGAGAUGUUAGACGUGAUCAGCAGAGUCCUGGAGGAUUCAGGCCAGCCAUCAGAACUUUUUAAAGACACACAUAAGCAGACUGGUCCUGCACCGGGGUAUCACCUACAGGCUGAAUAUGAUAAAUUACUGGCCAAAUAUGGCCAGGCUGAAAAUCUCAUAGACAGAAUGAGGCUGGGAAGCAAACUCUCGUCAGACGUUUGCAUUGAGAAUGAGGAGAGCGAUACAGCAAACCUAAAGGAGGGAAGCCAUGUUGGACUUGUAGCAUCUCACAUUCCAACACCAGUUGAAACUCAGGUGAUCACGUCCGAUGAGGCCAGUGAUGCUGAAAAAAUGGCCGCUGAGCUGAGAGACAUUAUCAGCCAGUUCACGCAGACGGUGGAUGACUUCAAGCAGAGAGUGAGCAACAAGUCGCUCAGCACAGAAGAGCAGCAAACGAUGUUGAGGAGCUUGACGGAAGCCCAAGACCAGUUGGAAAGAAAAUACAUGAGCAAAAAGGAGGAGCACAGAUCUCUGGAGAUGCAGAAUAAUCUGGGCCUGAGCAGAAAUAUUGGAUCCUUCGACCCAAACAGGCUGGUCGAGGGAGAUAUUUUCAGGGUGGGCAUGCACCUCGAGGACAUAAAGGAAAUGAUCGACAAAAACAUGUGCGAGCAGAUCAUCGCUCCCCUCUUAUUAUCUACUCCAAAGGCAGUGACCAUGAAGACCACACCUCCAUCAUCACUACAUGAGGGCUCAAGUGCAGGUUUGACCAAUGAAGGUUUGAAAGUGGCGACACAGACGAACCCUGAAAAAUGCGCCAGUGAAGAAGAUGAGUUAUUAGACGAAAGGAGUGAGGUCAUAACUGAUGACGUAUUAAAGAGCAGCAACAGGCUUUCUGUUUUCCCUGUGGAAGGACACCCAGAAGCUGAAGAUGAAGCUGAGAGAAAAGCAGGGAUAGGUAGCAGUCAGCAAUGGACACCUGGAAGGGAGACAGACAGUGGUUUCGGAAGCUCCUACUUGAUUAAAUCGGGAGGGACAUUGCAGCCUAUUUCUCCAACAGAAAGUGAUGGACUUAGUGCCUCAGACAGCGAAGGCUCCUCCCUCAACCUGCAGACAACCAUCCGUCCAUCAGAUGCGAACAGCUGGCAGCGGACCAGCGUCAAUUCACCGGUCCGAGCAGAUGAGGUGGAUCUUUGGGUGCAAAGUACCACUAAAGACUCACUCAAACUGCGGGGCUCUGAUGCAAGCCGUCACUACGCCUCUGAAGCCAUGAAUGGAGAAGCGAACAAACAGCACCAGUGCUCCUGUGAUGGUGUGGUUAUCCAAGCUUUGCAGGAAGAUGUAAGAGAGCUGAAGAAGAAUCUAGAAGGUCUGGCACAGAAGAUGGAUUACCUGGCCUUUAAAUACAGGCAGGAGCGUAGGUCCAAUUGUAAACCAAGGACCUACCAGAAGCUAUCUAGGUCGGUCGACCAGCAGUCCCGCGAAGCUUACCGAGGAGAUAGAGUCAAUUCAGUUUCAGGACAAUUUCAGGAGAAGCUGCAAGCCAAUGGAGUAUCAGAUGGAAGCACCUUUGGUCUUAUGGAAUCUUGUUCUAAGAGAGAAAGAGACCAUCCUUCCAAACAGAGGACACAGAAGGCCAACUUGGAAAGAUGGUCUCCGUCCACCCAAAGAUCAUUUCUCCAGGUCGACAAUGCUUCCUCCUGCAGUCUACCUGCCAGCUACAAAGUGACGGAACCUCCGGUUUAUUCCUUGUCUCGACCCCGGAAGCGUUCCACCCAGUCGGACACGGCACUCCUACCCAGCAAUGUGUACUUUCAGCAGACACUGUCAAAGCCUGGCAGCAGACAAACCGGAAGAAAGGAGGGCAUCAACGCCACUUUGUGCCACGCUCUCGAGGAAGCUCGCAACCUGAAUAAGAAAGCAGACCACAUGUUCAGGAGACUGACAGAAGACCUGGUCCAAGUUCAACUCUUGUCACAGGAGUGUGUGCAACAUUCAGCCAGUAGGAGGCAGGACACGACUGAUCAUGGAAAACAGAGCAGCUGGACCAGCAGAAACUAGUCUUCUGAGUAGAAGCUGCGAAAUUGUAUGUUAUUUUAUGACGAGGAUUCAUAGCUGUUCUGCUUUCUAAUAAAAAGAACUAAACCAGUUAACAUACACGUGGAUAACUUGAACGUUUUAAUUAACUCCUAUGGCGAAUAUUAGUGUCAUUGCUGUGAACUCCACAAAAUCACAUAGUGUACUGGUCUAAGGCAUUGAUUCCAUUUCCACAAGACACGAUCCUAUUGUGAUCGAGGGAGUUGAGGUACAGACCGUGGACUUAUUCAAGUACCUCGGGGUUUGGGUAGACAAUAAGCUGGACUGGACUGUUAACACGGACCACCAGUACAAGAAAGGAGAGAGCAGGCUGUACUUCCUCAGGAGGCUGCACUCCUUCAACAUCUGCAAAAAACUUGUGGAUGUACUACCAGUCUGUGGUUGCCAGUGUUCGGUUCUACAUGGUAGUGUAGGGGGGGGCAGUACAUCAAAGAAGGACAGCUCCAGACUUGAGAUACUGAUCAGGCGGGCCGGUUCUACAAUCGGAAUGAAACUGGACUCACUGGUGACGGUGGCAGAGAAGAGGACUGUUGACAAACUAGUGAGCAUCCUGGAUGAUGCCAGUCACCCUCUGCAUAGCGUUAUCAGUAGCCAGAGGAGCCUGUUCAGUGCUAGACUGCUUCAUCCCAAGUGCAGGACUAAUAGACUCAAAAACUCCUUUGUCCCACACGCCAUUAGACUGUACAACUCCUCUCUGGGGCGGGGGGUACAAGGAUGACAGGGGAUGCAAAACAAUAACAGUGCAAUACCUUUUCAUAACAUGGUCACUACUGCCUACUUUCUCUUGUUAUAUU